AUGACAAUGAGGAUGACAAUGACGAUGACAAUGACAAUGACGAUGAGGAUGAGGAUGGUGACGAAGGCUGCCCCCCCAGGCGUGGAUCUGAUCUCGGCCUGUGACAUUCGCUUCUGCUCCCAGGACGCCUCCUUCCAGGUCAAGGAGGUGGACAUGGGGCUGGCGGCCGACGUGGGGACCCUGCAGCGCCUCCCCAAAAUCGUGGGGAGCCAGAGCCUGGUGAACGAGCUGGCUUUCACCGCCCGCGUCAUGAGAGCCCCGGAGGCGCUGAGCUGCGGCCUCGUCAGCCGGGUGCUGCCCGACAAGGGCUGGAUAGGCCACGUGGAACAUGGCCAUGCUGCAGACCGAGGACAUCCCCAAGUCGGUGCAGGCGGCCCUGGAGAAGAAGGGCCCCGAGGACGUGCCCUUCGCCAAGCUCUGAUGUCACCUGAGUGCCACCUGAGUGCCACCAGGGUCACCUGAGUGUCACCUGAGUGCCACCA